AUGAGGCAUGAUUGUACGAUCAUGCUUCCACAAGCGGACCAUUCCACCGUCCAUCUCCUUCCUCAAUAAUGCCUUGAGCACGCGACCCUUCCACUCCUCCAUCCGCCGUCAAGAUGAAGGAGGCAAUCACUACAACACCCUCGAUCUACCCACCAAUGCCACACCCAAGGAGAUCAAGAAGCAAUUCUACAAACUCUCCAAAUCCCACCACCCUGACCUACACCCCAACGACCCCUCCGCCUCCCAGAAGUUCGUAAAAAUCUCCGAAGCCUACGCAACCCUCGGCUCUCCCGAGAAGAGACAACGUUACGACCGCGACCACAUCCAAACCUCUUCCGCUCCCUCUAGCUCCGCCAGCUCGCCUCGCGGCAGCUACUCCUCCGCCUCCUCCUCCUCAGGUCCCGGCGGCCGUCCCGCCUCGGGUCUGUCACGCCGUCGAACCGCCUUUCGUGGCCCUCCGCCCUCCUUCUACCGCUCCGGCGGCUGGGGCGAACACUCCGACAAGCGCUCCGAACACUCCCAGAAAUCCUCGCACUCUCACGAAGCACAAGGUCAAGCCGCGUCUGGUCCGCGCGGUCCUUCAGCAGGAGGAGCUAGCGCGGAGCCAGGAAUGGGACCAGGUGGCUUCGCUGCUGGGUUCGAAGGAAGAGAUGUCCCGCAUUUCGACGGACGCGCGCACACGGCUACGCAUGAGGAGAUUGAGAAGCGGCAGAGGGUGAGGAGGAGACGGACAGUGCAGGCGGAGAGUGCGGAGAUGGCGGGAAAUGGGAGCAGUGUGCUGUUUAAUUUUGUGGUCUUAAUGGGCAUCCUUGGGGUGGUGGUAGGGACGAGUGGGGCGGUAUAUGGAGGCAAGGAGAGGAGGGAGAGGAAGGCGACGGUGGAGGCCGCUGCGAGUAAGGGAAAGUGAAUGGAAGUAGGACAAUGGAGGGCUUCUAAGGAAGAGGUAGACAUCAGUCAUGGAUGAGACGGUGGAUAUACAGGCGCAAACAGGACGUGCGCUGGUCGACUGGACCAAUAUAUACUACAGCACGCUGCACGUU